UGCUGUUGUCCCUUGCUUGAAAGACAAGUUGAGACCUCUCUCUCUCUCUCUCUCUCUCUCUUCGAUUCAGACCAAAUCACUCUCCACCGGCUCAUUGCGUCGCCGAUGUCGAGCGAGACAGAAGACGCCGUCCGCCGCCGUACAUCGGUGGCCGAGUAUCGGAAAAAGCUCCUCCAGCACAAGGAGCUCGAGUCCAGAGUCCGUGGAGUGAGAGAGAAUCUGCGGGCUACAAAAAAGGAAUAUGCUAAAACUGAAGAUGAUCUAAAGUCACUUCAAAGUGUUGGACAGAUCAUAGGCGAAGUUCUUAGGCCUCUUGACAACGAAAGAUUGAUAGUUAAAGCAAGUAGCGGCCCAAGGUAUGUGGUUGGUUGCCGCAGUAAAGUGGACAAGGAAAAACUAACAUCAGGCACUAGAGUGGUUCUUGAUAUGACAACUCUCACAAUUAUGCGCGCUCUUCCCCGUGAAGUUGAUCCAGUUGUGUACAAUAUGCUUCAUGAAGAUCCUGGGAAUAUUAGCUAUUCUGCUGUUGGCGGGUUGUCUGAUCAAAUCCGGGAGCUUAGGGAAUCAAUAGAAUUGCCUUUAAUGAAUCCUGAGCUCUUCCUAAGAGUUGGCAUUAAACCUCCCAAGGGUGUUCUUCUCUAUGGACCGCCUGGCACUGGCAAGACACUAUUAGCCAGAGCAAUAGCCAGCAAUAUAGACGCUAACUUCCUAAAGGUUGUAUCAAGUGCCAUUAUUGACAAGUACAUAGGUGAGAGUGCUAGAUUGAUCAGGGAAAUGUUUGGUUACGCUCGUGAUCACCAGCCUUGUAUCAUUUUCAUGGAUGAGAUCGAUGCAAUUGGUGGACGCCGUUUUAGUGAGGGAACAAGUGCUGAUCGGGAAAUUCAAAGAACUCUCAUGGAGUUGCUCAACCAGCUAGAUGGAUUUGACCAGCUUGGGAAGGUGAAAAUGAUUAUGGCAACAAACAGGCCUGAUGUUCUGGACCCUGCACUUCUUCGUCCUGGGCGUCUAGACCGGAAAAUUGAAAUUCCAUUACCUAAUGAACAGUCAAGAAUGGAAAUUCUCAAAAUCCAUGCUGCUGGAAUUGCCAAACAUGGCGACAUUGAUUAUGAGGCAGUUGUUAAACUUGCCGAGGGUUUUAAUGGGGCUGAUCUUCGUAACGUGUGCACUGAAGCUGGUAUGUCGGCUAUCCGUGCAGAACGUGAUUAUGUCAUCCAUGAAGAUUUCAUGAAGGUAAAGCUUUUUGCUUUUAAGAAUAUGCUUUGCCUUCUGAUUUUCAUGUUGUAUAGAGAUUUACGGGAUGGUUGCUGUCCUUGUAUUGAUGCGUCGACAUUAUGGGUUACAUGGCUAAUCACUUCAUCAAUGAGUGUUAUACAGUUCCAUUGCCCUGGUAAUCUAUAUCUUGGAUGUUAGUCGUAGCCAGUUGUGUUGAAGGGAGUAUGUUUGGAUGCACAUUGUUUUUUUGCUUCUUUGUAUCUUUUGCUCGACAGAGAGCAUUACUAGAAACUGACUUCUGUUAUGACUCAAACUUCUGAAAGGGACGUGUUCAAAAAGAAAAAAAUUGUGCCAGUUUUAGAUCACAGCUAUCAUUGUUUAGCUCUAGCAAUGUCCCUGAUACUAUGGACUCUUCCAUGCGUAAAACACCGUGGACUCUGGAAUAAGGGUAUGAGGUAUGUGUCCAAUAUAUUUAGCUAGAACCUUACAAGCAUAUCCUGUACUCUACUUAUUUAUCAUAAACCAACUAACCAAGCAUAAAACUCCUGUAUUAUGAAUGAAAUGCCUCUAUGCACCUUUUUAAUACCAUGCGCCAAGAUAAAUGAACUGAUAUACCAAGCUAUCAUUGUUUUGAGUAAUUUCGCGUCCCUGUGUGCUUGAGAUGGAAAAAACAUGAAUCCGGUGCUUGGACACGUAUCUAGUAUCUAUCCUUGAUCCAAAACCGAGUCCAUGCAAGAUAAUACUAUUUAGCCUCCAGGGUGUAAUUAUCGAACAAAUCUAAAACUCGAUAUCUAUUAAGGUGGAUUGUUAUCUUCUUUAUCUCAAUUUACUCCUUGCAUUGAAACAAAAUAAUCGUGCUACAUGGAUUGGUCAGAACAUUACUAAAAGUUUGAACUUCAAACAUGGCAACGGUUUGUUUAUCUUAGCGGUUCCAACUUCAAGCAUCAUCUAAGUUAAGCAUUCUGUCCCUUUAUUGUUCUUUGUUUUGUUUUGUUUCAGGCUGUCCGCAAACUGACUGAAGCGAAGAAGCUCGAAUCAAGUGCCCAUUAUAAUACUGAUUUCGGGAAGGAUUAAGCUUUGUAACUCGUGGAUGAUUACGAAUGCAAUAUCUUCUUAAUCCGGGAACAAUGCGUGGGGCCGAUAAUGCAGUUCUUAACUACAAAAUGAGCAUCCACAUUGGGGUUUGGGUAUGGAAGGAACACUGGAUUGCUUCUCUUCACGAGUUUCUGUUCAAUUCCUGUAUUUGUUCUUACUCAAAUACCUAGACAGUGCUGUUGGCGCAAGUUAAUUAUCCUUGUUACCGGAUACCUUUCCUUGUACGGUUGCUUUACCUCACGUUUCCUUUCGGUUUCUCUCUUUUCUUGUUUGCUCAUAACAUUAACACUCUGUUUGACAGAAAUUUGUAGUAUUCAAUUAUCAUUUCUGAUAACAAUGCGACGAGACGUUAAGUCGUAAAA